GCUGCUGUACAUGCUCACCAGAGAGCAGCACAGAGGAGAAAAGAUGGAGCGGAGGCCAGGGAAGACAGCAUAUGCUCGGAGGAACCUCUUUGGCCCCGUAGACCACAAGCAGCUGCAGCAGGACUUCCAGCACAUGCUGCACAACAGUGUCAGGUCCCAGCAGAAGUGGAACUUCGAUUUCCUGCAGGACAGGCCAGUGGAGGGGCUCCUGCAGUGGGAAGGGCUGGAGGGCCACAAGGUGCCUGCUUUCUACAGCUGCAUGGUGGGAGAGGCUCGGAGACCUCUGCAGCACUUGUACUGGCCCCUGGACAGGGAAGACAACAGUUGCCACUUUGCACAGAUAGCACUGACAGAAAAACCAAAAACUUCAGUGAAAACAGGAGCCAAGAGGAUCCCAGAAGGAAAGGAAAGAAGACAGACAUCUUUAACAGAUUACUACUCAUCAAAGAAGCAAAUCAAGAUGAAUAUACAAGCUGCUGCAAAUAAGCCAACUUUUUGAAAGCAAGCACAGGAUUGUCCUGCACCAGAGAGGUUAGAAACAUCUGCUGGGUUUCCUCAGCAUUCAAAAAUUGUCUGUGCAGGCAGCAGACACUUCAGAACAUAACAUGAAGAUGUGUAUUUACAAUAGCAGCAAUGAAGAGUCACAAACACAGAAAACUUGUAAUGGGGUCAGGACAAAUCAACUGGAAUCACUUUGAUGAGAAAUUAUUAUCCUUAAAAAACACUGGUUAGCAAUUUUGGACAUGGCAGACUUUGGUGAAGGCUAGCAGUUUAACGUGCAGUAAAAAUCACUGAAUAUGAGAAAGUGGUGGACACUUAAAACAAGUGUGCAUGUUUAAUACUGCACUUAGAAAUGUCACUGUACAAUUUGGGCUUUUUAUAUUGUUAUGUCUUUGCAUAUCAUUUUUUUUCUUUUAAGCAGGAAUGAUUUACUAAAUUUCACCAUCUCAACUUUACUGGUCUGACACACUAAAAAUUAUUCCUAGCUGCUGCUGUGAUUUUUUUCAGCUACAUAAUUUUGUGCUUGCAGCUCUUUGGGGUAUAAGUAAGAUCACUUGGGUGCCAAAAGCAUGCAUAUAUUUCUGGGAUGUAAAAGGAGAAAGCUGAAAUUACUGGGGAAGGUUUCCAUUUAUAUCAGCAGACGUUUUAGUCCUGUAAUUCUGCCCAACAUGGAAGAAUUGAAUGAGGUAGUUUAACUUGUAUUGGGUAGAAAUUUCCAGAAAUACUCUUUAUCUUUAAAGUCUUUCCUGUUAUCAUCUGGUCAAAAAUUCAUCUGUUAUUUUCAUUUGUGCUGUACCAUCAAGGUCUAUGAGUUUGCA